UAUUCCCGCGGCGAAAAAAUCAGCGUUAAUUGUCACGUCACGGCGUACUAAAAGCGCAGUGACCACUGAGCAGCACUCCCUUGUUCUCACAUCACAGCAGUUAAUGAUGAUGUACUUUAGCUUCCUCCUCCACCACCACCGCCGCCGCCGCCGCCGCUGCGACCACCACGGCCACUGAAUACACUUGUAAAACACCAUCCCUCUCUGGCCAGGUUAAGGAAAUUUGGCUUUUUCGACGGCUCAAAUUCAUACCACAACCAUCCUCCACAACUACUCAUGGUCUCCAAGUCAACAGAUUCUGCUUCUAAUAAAUCCAAAAAACUCAAUGGAGGAGGAGGACAAACAAGUGAUAUGUUGGGGACCUUAUCUAUCAGGAUAAAUCAACUGAAAAAGCAGAUUCAAGCUGAAAGUGCUGCUUCAGUUAAAGACAAAGUCGAGGACAAUAAAAAGAAUUUGGAAACUCACGUUUCCAAGCUUAUUGAAUUGGCUUCAUCACGGCAAGAUGUUUCGAUUUCAAACCAACAAGCUCUUGGUGAUAUGCUUUUAGCUAGAAUUGAAAAUCCCCUGUGCAAAGUUAAUGGACUUGCUCAAGGGUGGGAAAGAGAUUCUUUUAAUGCUGAAGAAGCUCUAUCCUCAACAACUGCAAAGCUUCCUCUUAUGGAGAACAUACCACCCUAUACUACUUGGAUUUUCCUGGACAAAAAUCAGAGGAUGGCUGAAGACCAAUCAGUGGUUGGGAGGAGACGAAUAUACUAUGAUCCACAUGGUAGUGAAGCACUGAUAUGCAGUGAUAGUGAGGAAGAGAUGGUAGCACCUGAGGAAGAGAAACAUGAGUUUUCUGAGUCUGAGGACCGUAUUUUAUGGAUGACUUUUACAGAAUAUGGCUUAGAUGAAGAGGUACUCAAGAUCUUGAUCCAAUUUGUUGGAGGCACCACCUCAGAAAUCCAGGAGCGCUGUAAUAUGCUCAAUGAAGAAAAUCAAGCCAGACUGAAUAAAAACCUAUUGGGUUCUGAGAAAACUGAAUCUGAAGACAGUGCAUUUUUGGGAAAACGUCUUAGUGCUGCUUUGGACUCAUUUGAUAAUCUUUUCUGUCGCCGUUGCCUGGUUUUUGAUUGCCGUUUGCAUGGUUGUUCACAAAUUCUAAUUAACUCUAGCGAAAAGCAGUCUUAUUCAUCUGACUCUGAAGAUGAAAGGAGACCUUGUAGUGAAAACUGCUGCCUUCAGUUAAGAGUUGUUGAAAACCUUCCACAAGGUAUGGAAGGUAGUUCCUUCCAUGUUUGUGAAAGUAAAACUUCAGCAGAGGAUGGCGGUACCCUUCUCGGUCAGCAUGCUUCAGAGACAGGCUGUAUGCUCAAAAUAGAGCACAAUCAUGAAACUCCUGGGAAGCGCAAGGUAUUGGAGCCUCUAAACACAGUGGUAGAACUGGCCUCUGACAACCUUCUGGGAUCUUCAAGUAAGAAACUGAAGUCAGCAGCUCAGGGUACAGUUAGCAUGGCUGUUGAUGAGAGUGUGCUUCUGGAUCAAAAUCUUUCCGUCAUAAGCAAGGACCAGGAAUUCAGUGGAGCUGAUGAAAAUCAAACCAUCAAUGAUGCUAGUAAAAACUUUGGUUGUCUUACUAAUAAUUCUGGAGAUAAAGUCGGGCAAGAUGAAAGAAGUGAGGUUCAUGAAAUGUGCAUACUUGAGCAGACAUCGAAUUUGAAGAAUAUUUCUGACUGGAAACCUCUUGAAAAAGAAUUAUUCUUCAAGGGAAUAGAAAUUUUUGGCAGAAACAGCUGCCUCAUAGCUCGGAACUUACUUCCUGGCCUGAAGACUUGUGUCGAGGUAUCCAGUUUCAUGAAAGAUGCUGGGGCAGCAACAUCUCAUGGAACUGCAGCUUUCCCAAACACUGUUUCAGCUGAUAAUGGGAGAGGCGAUGUAGAUCACAUGGUUGAGGCUGAGAUGCCAGCAAGAUCACGUUUAUUUCGUAAAAGAGGUCGAACAAGGAAGCUUAAAUAUUCUUGGAAAUCUGCUGGCCAUCCAUCAAUCUGGAGAAGAAUUGUUGAUGAUAAAAACCAGUCCUGCAAACAGUAUACUCCUUGUGGAUGCCAGCCGAUAUGUGGAAAGCAAUGCCCAUGUUUACAAAAUGGGACUUGUUGUGAAAAAUACUGUGGGUGCUCCAAAAGCUGCAAAAACCGAUUCAGGGGAUGCCACUGUGCAAAAAGUCAAUGCCGAAGCCGACAAUGCCCAUGCUUUGCUGCUGGACGGGAAUGUGACCCUGAUGUUUGCCGCAAUUGCUGGGUUAGUUGUGGUGAUGAUUCAUUGGGUGAGCCACCUAGACAAGGAGAUGGUCAAUGUGGCAACAUGAGGCUUCUCCUAAGGCAGCAGCAAAGGAUUCUCUUAGCAAAAUCUGAUGUUGCAGGAUGGGGAGCAUUCCUCAAGAAUCCUGUCAACAAGAAUGAUUACCUGGGAGAAUACACUGGUGAACUGAUCUCUCAUCGAGAAGCUGAUAAGCGUGGAAAAAUCUAUGAUCGUGCUAAUUCGUCAUUCCUUUUCGACUUGAAUGAUCAGUAUGUACUAGAUGCAUAUCGCAAGGGAGACAAGCUGAAGUUUGCAAACCACUCUGCAAAUCCUAACUGCUAUGCAAAGGUAAUAUUGGUUGCAGGUGACCAUCGAGUUGGCAUCUUUGCUAAUCAGCACAUUGGAGCUAGCGAGGAGCUAUUCUAUGAUUACCGUUAUGGUCCUGAUCAAGCACCUAUAUGGGCUCGCAAACCGGAGGGUUCAAAAGGAGAUGAUUCACCAGUACCUCAAGGACGAGCAAAGAAACACCAAUCCAACUGAGAGACUUGGCUCUUCAAGCUGUAUGCUUGUCUAUAAAUAUUUCAUGUGCUUUUGCGCAUAAGGCUAUUCAAUAGAAAAUGACUUGUUUCUCAUGAUGUAAUUAGUAUUGUACAGUUAAAGAGGAUUAUUUGAGGGAUAAGGUCUGGUGAUAAAAUGGGCGAUUUGUGAUGAGAGACAGGUGAGUACCAGAUCUGAUAAUGCUUGUUGCAUAGGCAUAAUUUAUAGUGUCAUAGUCAUCUUUAGAACUUUUGGAGAAUGUAUGAGCUAAUGGGCUCGUUUUUUCUCCUUUAGAUUUUAUCUGAUUAAUUUGGAAUAUCAUCAAGAUGCCUCUUUUCCUCUAGUCGAAAAAAGAAAGGCAUUUUUUCUUUUUAGA